AUGGAAACCCCAGACCCACCUCUCCAGUCUCGCGUGGUCGACGACAAGUCGCCCAUCUGCAUCCCCUUCAUCCUCUCUCGCAUAGAGGAGUACAAGAAACAGCAUGUCGGAGAGGAAAACCCGCGGCCGUUUAUUGUAGGGCUAAAUGGGGUCCAAGGGGUAGGCAAGACCACCCUCGUGCGCGCCCUGGCCGAGACGCUGCAGGAUCGCGCCGGGUUGCCCACCUUGGUUUAUCGCGGCGAGCCAGGAACGCACGACAUCCCCCUCCUCACCAACUUCCUCACGGCCCUCACCACCAACAAGCCCACCCCCAUCCCCCAAUACGACAAAUCCGCCUUCUCCGGUCUCGGCGACCGGCUAUCCCCCUCCAGCUGGCCCCUCACCUCCGCCACCUCCCCCCCGCGCGUCAUAAUCCUCGAAGGGUGGUGCAUCGGCUUCCGCCCCCUCCCCACCUCCCAGCUAACCCACCAAUGGCGGCAGCCGUCCCGCACGCUCCACCAACACAAACUCGAGCACCUGCAGUGGGUGAACAGCCAACUGGCGGCGUACUGGAACCUGCUGAGCACGGCGCUGGACGCGUUCGUGCACAUCGACGCCGAGGACACCGAGUAUGUGUACGGGUGGCGGGCCGAGCAGGAGGCGCAGCUGCGGCGGGAGCGGGGGAGCGUGAUGGGGGAGGAGCAGGUGCGGCGGUUUGUGGACGCGUAUUAUCCGGCGUACGAGCUGUAUACGGAGGGGGUGCGGCGCGGGGUGUUUGCGGGGGUGGAGGGGAGAGAGGGGUGUCAGUUGAGGAUUGUGGUCGGGAGGGAUCGGGGUGUGGUGGAGAGUAUGGUUAUUUAG